AUGGAGAAAUACGGUUUGAAAGACCUUGUGCCGGUAUUAAGGCAUGACCCUACAUACGAUGCGAACAUGACGCUUGGGAUAGAUUUGAAUUCAUUAUUGAAUUCGCUAGAUAUAACCAAGGAUACAAAAUCGCAUCAUUGUCUGGAUGCAUUUGAGUCACCGUGGGUAGAAACGUCAAGGAGUGAAGUACAGCCGACGUUCUUUAUACCUGAAUCGUUCAAGAACAUAAAGGGAAUGCUUGGUACAGACCAAGUAGAGUUUACCAGUGUGAACAGGGAUCAGCCACGUAUAUCACUAUUACAAGACGAGACUUUGUUUUAUCUUUUCUACAAGCAUCCAGGUUCUGUCAUUCAAGAGUUGACGUAUCUGGAAUUGAGGAAACGUAACUGGAGAUACCAUAAAACGUUAAAAGUAUGGUUAACGAAGGACCCAAUGAUGGAACCAGUAGUGGCACAGGAUUCAAUGAGUGAGCGUGGAUCAUAUGUGUUCUUUGACCCUCAACGUUGGGAGAAAUGCCAACGUGACUUUGUCCUACAUUAUAAUGCCAUCAUGUAG